GCGCCGCGGCAGCCUCCGUCGGGCUAUCUCUCAUCCCUCUCCGGUCACGGCCAGACUCGUCAGCCGCGUACGAGGCCGCUCGCCGGCGGCAGGUCCAUCGGUCCUGCCUCCUGCUUUACCUUCCGCGUCGGCGGAGGUGCGGUACUCCUCCCGCGCAUUCCGCUCGGGCGCCUCUGCUGAGCGCGUUCGGCAUUGAUUGCAACCCGCGGCGGCGGAGGCGGCGGCGCUGGUUGCUGCGCGCGCGCGCGCGCCGAGCGUCGCACCGACGCUACUGGAUCGCGGUGCGCCUCUUCAGCGGACGCACGCACCUCCCCAGAGGGUGAGUCGAGCUUGGCUGGAAUCGGCCAGCAAUGCCAACCGCCCGCCUGUCCUCCAUCUCCACAUCCUCCUUCAGGGCCCCCCCUCGCCGCCUUGGCUGCCGCCACGGAACGCGUUCGCGCUGGAACGCUAAGCCGGGAGGAUGCGCACCACCUGUUCGACGAAUUGCUAGGCCAAGCCGCCGCCGCCCCGGAACACGGGCUGAACAACUUUUUUGCCGCACUCGCCCGUGCUCCACCCUCAGCUGCCUGCAGCGAUGGCCCCGGCCUUGCCAUCGCCCUCUUCAACCGCAUGUCCCGAGGCGCUGGUGCACGGGUGGUGUCGCCCACGCUCUGUACCUAUUCCAUCCUCAUGGACUGCUGCUGCCGUGCACGCCGCCCAGAGUUGGUGGUUGCCUUCUUCGGCCGCCUCCUCAGGUUGGGGCUGCGCUUGGAUAUCAUCUCCUCCAGCAAUCUCCUCAAGGGGCUCUGCCAGGCCAAGCGUUCAAAUGAGGCUUUGGACAUGCUGCUCCACCGGAUGCCCGAACUGGACUGUGCGCCUGAUGUCUUCUCGUUCAACAUAGUAAUCAACGGCUGCUUUAAAGAAGGUGAAGUAGACAAAGCGUGCAAUCUCUUCCAUGAGAUGCCCCAACUGGGAGUUCAACCUGAUGUGGUCACCUACACCUCAAUCAUCAACGCACUAAGCAAGUCUGGAGCAAUGGACAAGGCAGAAGUGGUCCUUCGGCAAAUGGUUGAUCAAGGCAUUGGACCCAACAUCAGGACAUAUACUACUAGCCUGAUACAUGGAUAUUCCGCUUCGGGUCAGUGGAAGGCGCAAGCUAGAGUAUUCAAAGAGAUGGUAAGUCUUGGUGUUCUACCAAAUGUUGUCACAUGGAACUCAUUUAUGGAUUCACUUUGCAAGCAUAGAAGGACAAAGGAAGCUCGAGAUAUUUUUGACUCCAUGGCUGCAAAGGGUCAAAAACCUGAUAUUGUCUUCUACUCUAUUAUGCUUAACGGGUACGCGAAAGAAGGAUACUUCGAUGACAUGACUGAUUUGUUCAAUUCGAUGCUACAGAAUGGUAUUGUACCUAAUCACCAUGUUUUCAACAUAUUGAUUAAUGCAUAUGCUAAACGUGGACUGAUGGAUGAGGCUAUGCACAUGUUUGAAGUAAUGAGGCAACAAGGAGUAAACCCAAAUGUAGUUAGCUAUCAAGUCAUAAUGGAUUCACUUUGUAAAAUGGGUAGGAUGGAUGCUGCUCUGGACAAAUUUAAUCAGAUGGUCAAUCAAGGAGUUUCACCUGACAAAGCUGUUUACCGAUGCCUGGUUCUGGGUUCUUGUUCUCAUGGUGAUUUUGUGAAGGCCAAGGAAUUGAUUUCUGAAGCCGUUAAUAGAGGUCUGUGUUCUAACAGUGUGUUCUUCUAUUCUGUAAUAAAUGACCUGUGCAAAGAAGGAAAGGUGAAGGAGGCACAGGAUAUGUUUCACUUCAUUGUAGGUAUUGGUCAGCGGCCUGAUGUGAUUAUGUACACUUCACUGAUGGAUGGAUAUUGCCUUGUUGGCAAGGUGGAGGAAGCACUGAGAGUACUUGAUGCUAUGAAGUCUGCUGGCCUCCAACCUACUGCUGUUACGUAUGCUAUACUUCUUAAUGGCUACUGUAAAAUUGGCAGGAUCGCCGAUGGAUUGAGUCUUUUCAAGGAAAUGUCACUCAGCGGGGUUAAACCCACGACUAUUAUGUACAACAUUAUACUUGAUGGGCUGUUUCGCUCCGGGAGAACAGUUUCUGCAAAGGAAAAAUUCUGUACGAUGAGCGAAAGUGGCAUACCAGUGGGCAUUGACACAUACAACAUAGUUCUUAGUGGACUUUGUAAAAAUAAUUGCACUGGUGAAGCAAUAGAGCUGUUCAAGAAACUACGUGCAAUGAAUGUGAAGAUUGAUGUCAUAACACUCAAUAUCAUGAUUUCUGCAAUGUUUAAAACUAGGAGAAUUGAAGAAGCCAAGGAUUUGUUUGCUACUAUAUCAGCCAUCGGGUUGGUGCCUUCUGUUGUGACAUACAGCUUAAUGAUGACAAACUUCAUAAAAGAAGGGUUGCUGGCAGAGGCUGAUGAUAUGUUUUUAGCAGUGGAGAAGGCUAACUGUGCUCCCAACUCCAGGCUGCUAAAUCAUGUGGUCAGGGUGUUGCUGGAAAAAGGUGCAGUUGUAAAGGGUGCAAAUUAUCUGGCUAAACUUGAUGCAAAACAGAUGUCACUUGAUGUUUCAACGAUUUCGUUAAUUGUGUCUCUCUUCUCAGGGGAAGGGAAAUUGAGGGAGCACGUAAAAUUGCUUCCGGUUACAGCCAUUGCAAGGAAAAUCAAUUUGUUGCCAAUGAAAUCCUGCUAGAGCUAUCAAAGGGAUGAUCAACAGAGCGUGAAGGAUCAGUGAUGUACUGCCAUUGGGGUUCUUAUCCCAGAAAUGUUUAUCAUGGUGCAUUCUAGGUCCGCUGCGCAAUCCUUGUGAAGACAAAUUUUAGAUGAAAGGUUCUGCAAUCUGCAAUCAUUGCACACACUUAUAUGUAUUCUGUAUGGUCAUGGUCUGUCAGUCAGUUAAUACCAGUACGCUUGAAAGUAGCUCCUUUGGUUGAAACACAAUGCUUGUCUCUGAAACCAAAUAAAAUACUGCAUUAUUUGAAAGAAGUAGAAUGAAUUACCUGACAAAGUAUGCAUUUCCAAGAGAACAUGAGCUUCCUUCUCUGGCUUUCUGUGUGGAAAUUGCAGGAGUUGAUUAUUUUGUUAGUCUUGUGACCUUCUGGUCAACCUGUAUCUCAACCUGGAAGGGGCAGACAAUAUCUGGUCAACAAUGGAGAAGACUGGCUGUGCUCCAACUCUCAGUUGCAAAAAAAUAUAUGGUCAGGGUGUUACUGGAGAAAGGUGAAGUAAUCAGGGCCGGAGGUUAUCUUUCUAAAAUUGAUGAGAAGAAUUUAGUACUUGAAGCUUCAACCGUUGAGCUGCAGUCGAUGAUCUCUCUCUCUCUCUUCCAAAGGACAGAGACAUGCCAGAAAAUAUAGUAUUUCUUUUCCUCUGGACGUUCAAGGAUGCUGUAAUAAUCUGUGCCGGACCUGAGGUUCUCAUCUGAAUGAAACCGGAAGCGGGGGGCUCCUUAAUUCGAAGAAAGAAAGCAAAAUUCUGUGAACGUUUUCUCUGGAGCAGGGCAAUGUGAAGUUGUGAACUCAAAUUGGGGAAGCUUUCAUCAUCAUCGUUUGUCCCAACACAUAUUUACAAUCAGGAGGGGAUUAGUUGGCCGGCCGAGCCAAUUAAUUCUGGUCAAGAUUCAAUGAGCAUAACUAAAUUUAAUUUUACAAAAUAUAUCAUUUCUUUCCAUAGAUUGU